AUGCACAAGGAAAUAUUAGAAAGGGUUUUGGCUUUUUAAAAAAAGACGCUUAAAAAUAAUAUCGAUAUGGUGGAUUGCACAAUAGGGACAGGGGCACAUAGUCAGAUUUUAUUAGAACAUGUUAAAAAUCUAAAAAUAUUAGGAUUGGACAUUGAUGAAAGGAUGAUAAAAAAUUUACCACAGAAUAUCACUGCUAAAUAGGAUAAUUUUAUUAAUUUUUAUAAGCACAAAACAUUGAGUGAUACCAAAAAUUUUGAUAUAAUUUUUGCUGAUCUUGGCUAUAACAUAAAUUAGGUUUACGAUGAAUCAUAUGGUCUUAGUUACAAAAAGAAUUCUCUACUUGACAUGCGAUAUUCACAAUCCAUUUAACAUACUGCUGCUGAUCUACUUAAUAAUCGAUCACAAUAAGAGUUAAGAGAAAUCUUUUAUCAUUAUGGUAAUAUACACAAGGCGAAUCAAUUGGCCAAGAUUAUUAUUGAUAAUAGAUAAAAAGAAAAAUUUGAAAGGGCUAAUCAAGUUGUUGAUAUUUUGAAUGAAUUAUCUAUGGGCGAUUAGAUUAUGAAGACUUUUCAAGCAUUAAGAAUAGCUGUCAAUCAAGAAAUUAAUAAUCUUAAUUUAUUUCUAGAAAAAGUAUAGAGCUAACAAAUAGUUGAUAAAUAAUUAAUUUUAAUAAUCACUUUCCAUUCAUUAGAAGCUGAAUCUGUCCAAAAAUUUAUCAUGAAAUUUAAAAAGUAAUUUUCCAUGAAAACUAUCAAACCUUCAGAAGAUGAAAUAAAAGAAAACCCUCGUUCCAGAUCUGCUUUGUUGUUUGAAAUAAUUAAUAAGAGUAUUUGAUUUGUAUUUAAUUGAAAUGAAUAUGAAU